UGGGCUAGGCCUGCGCUCACACGCUCACACGCUCUUCCCAGCGAACAGUUCUUCGGUACAACACCGGAACUGUGAUGUCCAGACAGGGAAGCCCGUGCUGUCUGCUCCCGGUCUAUAUAUUUAUUUAUUUUGUUCCACAAAGCCAUCCGCGAUGUCCCGCUGGAUUCCGACCAAAAAGGAGAAGUAUGGAGUUGCUAUCUAUAACUAUGAUGCAAAGGGGGAGCAAGAGCUGUGCCUGCAGGUGGGGGACACCGUGCACAUACUUGAGAUGUUUGAAGGGUGGUACCGAGGAUACACUCUACAGCAGAAAUCACAAAAGGGCAUUUUCCCAGCCACCUAUAUCCACUUGAAAGAAGCUAAAGUUGAAGGGACGGGAAAAAAGGAGACAGUAAUACCUACAGAUUUGCCCCUGGUACAGGAACUGGGUGCUACCCUGAGAGAAUGGGCACAAUUAUGGCACAGUCUUUAUGUGAACAGUAAGGCCACACUGUUUCGGAGUGUUCAGCAGAUGGCCUACAGUCUGAUUGAAUAUCGCUCACAGAUUGUGUCAGGAACACUUCCCAAGGAUGACCUUGUAGAGCUCAAGAAAAAAGUCACAGCAAAAAUUGAUUAUGGAAACAGGGUUCUGGGGCUGGACUUGGUGGUUCGUAAUGAGGCUGGCAACACAUUAGACCCAGAAUGCACCAGUACAGUCAGUUUAUUCAGAGCCCAUGAGUCUGCUUCCCGCAGUAUUGAUGAGCGGAUACAGGAAGAGAAGACACGUCUCCAGAAUCUUGCCAUACGUCGCCAGUCUCUCUUCAGUACAGCACACACAUACAGCCUCCUUAUGAACCUCAAGAACUUUGUCUGCAACAUUGGUGAAGAUGCAGAGCUGCUUAUGUCCCUCUAUGACCCAGACCAGUCUGAGUUCAUCAGUGAAAAUUUCCUGGUACGGUGGGACAGUAAAGGCAUGCCCAAAGAGAUCGAGAAACUCAACAACCUACCAGCACUUUUUACGGACCUUAGCAGCAGCGAUCUGAUCAGGCCCCAUCUGUUCCUGGUGUGUCAAAUCAUCCGAGUUGGCUGCAUGGAGCUAAAAGAAGGAAAGAAGCACACAGGUGGUCUGCGGAGGCCUUUUGGAGUAGCAGUGAUGGAUAUCACAGACAUUGCUCAUGGGAAAGUAGAUGAUGAAGAGAAGCAGCAUUUCAUCCCUUUUCAGCAGAUUGCCAUGGAAACGUACAUCCGCCAAAGGCAGUUGAUCAUGUCCCCUCUCAUCCCCUAUCGUGUUAUUGGAGAAAAUGAGCCUCUUGCAGCUGUUUUUAACAAAGUCAUUGCUACCCGAGAGGUCAACCACAAAGGACAGGGUCUGUUCGUGACCCUAAAGCUGCUCCCAGGAGAUCUGGCCCAGGUUCAGAAGGACUAUCCUCACUUUGUGGAUCGCACAACAGCCAUCGUGAGGAAAAUGGGCUUCCCUGAAAUCAUACUCCCAGGAAACGUGAGAAAUGACAUCUACGUGACGCUGCUACAGGGAGAGUUUGACCGUGGCAAGAAAAAGACACCUAAGAACGUAGAGGUUGUGAUGAGUGUACUUGAUGAUGAAGGGAAUCCGAUAGAGAAAGCCAUAUUCCCAGGAGCAGGCUAUGAGGGGAUCACUGAAUACAAGUCGGUCAUUUACUACCAGGUGAAGCAGCCAUGCUGGAAUGAGACAGUGAAGGUGGCCAUCCCCAUAGAGGAUGUGUGCCGCUGUCAUCUCAGCAUGACUUUCAGACACAGAUCCUCUCAAGAUUCUAGAGAUAAGUCUGAAAAACCAUUUGGAAUGGCUUUUGUUCGGCUGAUGAAGUCAGAUGGUACCACUCUGCGAGAUGGAAAACAUGACCUAAUUGUCUACAAGGUGGAUGUAAAAAAAGCAGAAGAUGCCAAGACCUGUCUGACUCUGCCAGGCUGCUGGGCUGAGGUUGAGGAGUAUGAGAGACAGAGUGGAAAACCUUUCCAGAAUUCAAGUCUCAUCCCAGUCACUAGGGACAGCUUCCAGAUCAGCACACUCACCUGCUCAACAAAGCUCACACAGAACGUGGAUCUUCUGGGGCUUCUCAACUGGAGAUCAAAUCCUGACAAAUUGGAGGAGAAUCUUCAGAGACUGAUGGAAGUUGAUGGAGGAGAGAUUGUUAAGUUUCUUCAGGACACACUGGAUGCUCUCUUUAACAUCAUGAUGGAUACUUCUGAGGAGGAUACUUAUGAUUCCUUAGUGUUCAAUGCAUUGGUGUUUAUAAUCUCACUGAUUGGGGACAUAAAAUUUCAGCACUUCAACCCAGUUCUCGAGACUUACAUAAACCAGCACUUCAGUGCCACACUAGCUUACAUGAAAUUGACGAAGGUGUUGAAUUAUUAUGUUGGUCACACAGAGGAUCCAGCUCACAUAGAGAGGCUCUAUGCUGCCCUAAAAGCCUUCAAGUACCUUUUCCGCUUCAUUGUACAGUCUCGCAUCCUUUAUCUCAGAUUUUAUGGGAACAGUAAGGAUGGGGAUGAGUUUUUCGACUCCAUUCGGGCACUUUUCCUGUCCAUCAACACUCUGAUGGACAGGCCUCUGGAUGAAGCUGUGAAGAUAAAGGGAGCAAUUUUAAAAUACCUUCCCACCAUCAUCAAUGACAUCCAAUAUGUUUUUGAUCCAGUGGAGCUCAGUGUUCUGCUGGCUAAGUUUAUUGAGAGCAUUCCAGACUCUCAGCUGGUGAGACAAAAACUGGGCUGUAUGGUGAAGAUUGUGGAGAGUGACCUUUUCAAAUUGCCAGACUGCCGUAAUGUGCUGUUGCCCCUGCUCGCAGACCAGCUUAGUGGCCAGCUGGAUGAUCGCUCCAAUAAGCCUGACCAUGAGGCCUGUGUGCAACUUCUGAGUACUGUACUGGACAUGCUAGACCGCAAAGACAUGGGUCCCAUGGGGGGUCAUGUACAAUUAAUUAUGGAGCGUCUCUUGCGGAGGGUCAACCGCACAGUCAUCGGCAUGAGCAGAGACUCUCCUCUAAUUGGACAUUACCUGGCUUGCAUGAUUGCUGUCUUGAAUCAGAUGGAAGAUGCACACUAUGCCCUCUACAUAAGCACCUUUAAAACCAGGCAGGACAUCAUUGACUUCCUUAUGGAGACAUUCAUCAUGUUUAAGGACAUGAUGGGAAAUGUAUUCCCCUCUGAUUGGAUGACCAUGAACCUCCUACAAAUGCAAGUGUUUCUGCGGGCCAUAAACUUGUACUCUGAUGUUCUCAACCAGUACUUCCUGGACCCUGCUUAUUUCCAUUUGCAGCUUUGGAACAAUUACUUUCACCUCACUGUUGCAUUCAUUACCCACAAAUCACUGCAACUGGAGACCUUCUCUCCUGAGAAACGCAAUAAAAUUCUCAACAAGUAUGGGGACAUGAGGAAGACCAUUGGCUUUAAGCUACGAGACACGUGGUACAAUCUUGGUCCUCACAAGAUGAAGUUCAUCCCUGCCAUGGUGGGCCCGAUUUUGAAGGUCACACUAGUUCCAGAACCAGAUCUAAGGAAAGCCGCCAUUCCCAUCUUCUUUGACAUGAUGCAGUGUGAACACCACUUCAGUCCCAACCACACCUUCCAAAAGUUUGAGCAUGAAUUAAUCACUAAGCUGGACCAGGAGGUUGAAGGAGGUCGUGGUGACGAGCAGUACAAAAUUUUAUUAGAGAAAACGCUAUUGGAGCACUGCAGGCGUCAUCGAUACCUGUCUCAUUCUGGUGAAGAGCUGGCUGUGCUGUUAAGCUCUUUGCUGGAGAAUCUGCUGGCAUACCGCACUAUCACCCAUGAUGAGAGCCCUGAACUGCGUAUGAGCUGCACAGUCAAUGUGCUGAACUUCUACAAGGAGAAAAAAAGAGAAGACAUCUAUAUUCGGUACUUGUAUAAACUACGUGACCUGCACUUAGACCGUGAGAACUACACUGAAGCUGCUUACACGCUGUUGCUACAUGCUGAGCUGCUAGAGUGGUCAGAUAAGCCCUGUGCACCCCACCUGAUCCCGCAUGAGGGGGCUCCUGCAUGUACCCAGCAAGAGCUGAAAGAAUGGCUAUUCCAGGAGAUUAUAUGCUACCUAGACAAGGGCAAAAUGUGGGAAAAGGCCAUUGAGAUGAGCAAACAGCUUGCCAAGAUGCAUGAGAACCAGAUGUUUGACUUUUUGGAGCUCGGUCAGCUCCUGAAACAACAAGCACAGUUUUAUGAGAACAUCAUGCAUGCUAUGAGACCUCAGCCUGAAUACUUUGCAGUGGGCUACUAUGGCCAGGGCUUCCCAUCUUUUCUCAGGAACAAAGUGUUCAUCUACCGUGGUAAAGAGUAUGAAUGGCUGGAGGACUUUAGUCUGAAGCUGCUUUCUCAGUUCCCCAGUGCAGUCAGAAUGACCAGCACAGCACGCCCUGCUGACACCAUCUGCAGCUCACCUGGCCAGUAUAUUCAGUGCUUUACUGUCAAGCCUGUUCUCGGUUUGCCUCUGCAGUUCAAGGAUAAAGGUGUUCCAGAACAAAUUCUUAAUUACUACAGAACAAAUGAGGUGGACCAAUUCCAAUACUCAAGACCAUUCAGGAAAGGCGAGAAAGAUCCAGGCAACGAGUUUGCUACCAUGUGGAUUGAAAGGACCACAUUCAUCACACAGUACCACUUCCCAGGAAUCCUCAAGUGGUUUGAAGUGAAAUCUACAUCUGCGGAUGAGAUCAGCCCAUUAGCGAAUGCAAUAGAAACCAUGGAGCUGGCUAAUGAGAAGCUGAGUAAUCUUGUGCAGCAUCAGGCAUGUGACCGCUCUCUUGCUGUCCAUCCUCUGUCCAUGAUGCUCAAUGGCAUAGUGGACCCUGCAGUCAUGGGUGGCUUUGCAAACUACGAAAAGGCGUUCUUCACUGAGGCUUACAUGCAGCAGCACCCAGAUGAUCUAGAACGCAUCGAAGUCCUCAAGCACCUCAUUGCUCUACAGAUCCCACUGUUGGAUGAGGGCAUACGGAUCCAUGGGGAGAAAUCAACAGAACAGCUGAAGCCUCUUCACAAUCGUCUGGUCCUGUGCUUCCAGGAGCUGAGAGAGAAAGUGGAAAGACAGUAUGGAGUUAUCACUCUGCCAUGCUCCCUGACAAAAAAGAAGAAAAGUCGUGUGGGAUCAGUAGUGAUGCCUUACAUAAUGUCCUCUACACUGAGACGCAUGUCAACCAUCUCCACACAUUCCAGUGCAACUUCAGGCCUCUCCAGUGGCUCUUCUGAUGGAAACCCUUCCAGACCUGCUUCCCAAAAUUCUGUGCUGUCACUUUUAAGUGAUAAGAGAAUGUCAUAUUUGUCACGCUCUGAGGAGGAUAACCGAAUCAGCAAAAAGAACAGGAAAGAAUGGAGCGUGAGCAAGUCUCAAGUCCUUUUGGAAAGGGUGGCUGACACAAAUGAGACCCCUCCAGAAAAGCAACAAAGGCCUAAAAGUCUCACCCUUGGGGAUCGGAAGCUUGCACUGUCACUGUUUCAUGGAGAUACAAGCAGUCUCAGCUUAAACAACCCUCUUAGCCCCCUGCCAGCCUCUCCACACACACCUCGAAGCUCUAGUUAUUCAUCGCUCCUAAGUGACACUAGCAUCAACAUUGCUGAGACCCCAAAUACACCUCCACCCAUGCCCCCUAAAAAGCACCUGAACGGAAGUGACUACAGUUCAUAUGAGUUCACACCUGUGUUGCCAAUGAAAGUGGACGGCAAGCCGCCACCUCCCCCUCCCAAAACUCGCAAGUCCAUGUUCCCUCCUCAAGACUUCCAUCCUCAGUGAAAAGACUUCCUUCAAGAAUGAGGUUUCAGGAGAAGAUUUGUCUUUUGCGUGUGCCUGCAUCCCUGCGAUCAUGCGUAUGCUUGCAUGUGAGUGUAUAUACAAUAAUGGGACUCUAGCCUGCUGUUAAUGGUUUUGAAUGAUAUUUUCUCUCCUGCUUACAAAUGCUAUGUGGGUAUUUUAUCUUAAUUUAAUUUGUCAGAAUGAUGUCAGAAUGAUGAUGAAUGGUGACUGAGUUAAGAAUUCUUUUUCCUGGUUGUUCUUUCCAUUGUCCUGUGUCUUGUCAGUGUACAAAUCAGUUUAGCUGAUUCUAAAUGUGGAUGUGAGGCACAAAGUUAGACCAAUACUCCUGUUCUAUGACAGUUUAAACAGUACAAAGGGGGGGUGGUUAUAGGUUAUGGCACAUUUUAUCUAUUUUCUUUCCAUCAUCAGCAAAUAAAUAGAAGUGAUGCACUAAUGGUACAGCCAAUGAAAGGACAUUAAUGUCAAAAGUAAUUGCCAAGUGCUCCACCAAUUCUGAAUUACUUGUGAAUAGACUUUUAGAUUAUCCUUAGUUUGUGGCUUUUUUUUUUUUUUUUUUUUUGUACCAAAAAUAAAUACCUCAUGAAAAAUCUUUCAAAUUAGUCAUUCAAUAAUGUAUAAAUAUUUAAACUCUACAGGAUAAAAAAAAAAGAAAAUGUGAAAACCAUGUUUUGAAGUGACUUAAAUCUUAAUUAUAAGAAUUUUGUCAAAUACAACCCUUUUUGGAAUUGUAAAGCAAUUUAGGACAUCUAAGAAAUGAGCAGGUAUGAGUAGUUAGGUAACCAAACCACUUAAGCAGUGGUGUCCAGUCUUUUCCCCUGAUUAAACAAGUAGAGUCAGGUGUGUUUUAGCUUGUUUGAAGUGAAAACCUGCAGGCACUCUGGCCCUUUGCAGAUAAGACUGGAUACCCCUGUGCUGUAGUCCUUUACUGUAAACAGUGCUGUGUAUGCACAAUUCAACAAAUAUAGACUAGAACUAGAAUAGAGGAAGUCUCUGGAUACUUUUAGGCAUAAAUUGUAGCAUUUAAGUGUUCUUACUGACAGGUCCAUUUUUAAUCUUUGGGGUACUGCAUGCUGAAAAUAUUGACUGAACUGAAGUCUGUCAUUCAUAGUAUAUCAUGACAAAAAUUUGAGGGCGGUAUCCUUGUAGAAGCAGUGUAAUGAAAGAGAAUGUAAUAAAAUGCAGUGAGGGGAAAGUGUUCUAUUCUACCAAUUUAAAUAAUUUAGUCAGCAGUUUUACAGUUCACUCUGAAUCUGAAGCAAAUGUUGUGUACAGUGAUAUUGGCCAUUAAACACUAAAACAUUCUGACCCUUCUUACAACAGUCUGUUUAUCCUGUUAUUGAGCAAUGCACUGGAUAGAAAUAUAUGUAAUGCACCAUUUUCAUGUCAACCCUGUGCUCCCUCUUAUGGGUCUGAUUUCUAGAGUUGUUAUAUAAAACUUUCAAAACAUUGGUACAUUUGGACGUGUACCUUUUGAGCAGUAGGGGUAUACUAAAACAACAAAACUUAAUUAUGUAUAGACAUAGAUAUGUUAUCUUGAAAUGCAAAUGAAAUCUACAGUGACAUACCAAAUAUAGUGAUUUGUGCAUGUGCUUCUGCAUAUGUAUUUGUCUGCACAAAAAUUUUUGUACUUAUUUUUCUAAUGGAAUAUAUGAUUAUGUGGACAGAUUCAGUAUAAUUCUACAUGAAACAAAGAAAGCCUUUUAAACAGUUGUUUGUGUAAAUAGUUUUUCACUGAGAGAUAAUUUAAACCUGGUUGUAAAUGAUGUAGUCUGAGUUGUGAUAUUACUUGAAAUGGUACCCUAAUACAAACCAAACAAAAUUAAAGAUCUUGAUUUGUG